CCAUAUAUAUCCUUGAUAUAUCAUUUAUUGUUCCAUGAAUGGAAGUACUUAUUUUUUGGUUAAAAACAAUAAUGAAAGCACAGUGUUUAAGGAAUUAUAAGUAUAAGAUACCAAUAAUAAGAGAAAGGUAAUCAUUGUAAUUAGCGUCUUCUACAAUCUAUAAAUUAAUCCCACCUCCCUUGGAUCAGAAACCCACAUCAUCCUCAUUGUAAUCAUAUCCAAAACCACCUUCUCUCUCUCCCUCACUUUCUCACACACACAAACUCUCAGAAACAGACAAAUCAACAGAAAAAAAAUAUGUCAACAAUGAAUCAUCUCUUUGAUCUCCCUGAGCAAAUUUGCUAUGUUCAAUGUGGUUUCUGCACUACAAUUUUACUGGUAAGUGUGCCAUGUAGCAGCUUGUCGAUGGUGGUGACAGUGAGAUGUGGGCACUGCACAAGCCUUCUCUCAGUCAAUAUGAUGAAAGCCUCAUUUGUCCCACUCCAGCUCCUAGCUUCCCUUGGUCAUGAUGAUGAGCAGCCAAAAGAGGGAGCAUUUUCCGAAGAAAUGGCUGCCCCUAGGAAGACCUCAGACAGGCGCAGCCCAUCCUUGAUGACCUCUUCCGAUAAUGAAGAAGAAGAUACAGUCCGUGUGAAUCCCACAGUCAACAAGCCCCCAGAGAAGAGGCAAAGAGCUCCAUCAGCUUAUAAUCGCUUCAUCAAAGAAGAGAUCAGGAGACUUAAAGCUCAAAAUCCCAACAUUCGACACAAAGAAGCUUUCAGCACUGCAGCAAAAAAUUGGGCCCACUUUCCUCCCAUGCACAACAAAGGAGACGGGGAGAGCUGUGGCCAGAAUGAGGGUGAGGCGUUAUGGAACUCAGAUGCUACUGAUCAAUUGGUUCACAUAGAAGGCAAUGAUUUCCGUGAAAGAAAAGCAGCAAGGAAUUCUAUAUGGGCCAAGUCACCCUUCGAGUGA